AUGUUCGCUGCCUUCCGCUUCGGGAAGGAUCUCUGGGAUCCGUCCCACCGCUUCGAGACCUCGUGGCUUUUACCUCCUUACCUGUUGGCAGCCUGUCGCGCGCUCAUCAGUCUCUACAUCUUCGUCGUUCGCUUUUUCAUCAUCGGCUGGACGUGUUCUCGCGAAGAGUACGGCGGUUGCGAUGACGUCUCCAAGAGCUUCUCCUUCUUCACCGUCCUCACGUACUGGGGUCUAGGCUUCUACUUCCUCAUCUCCGCCAUCCAUACCUUCACCUACGCGCACUCAGGCACCCCGCUGCUCGAUCGCUUCCCGCGCCCUCUGCAGGCUCUCCACGCCUUCUACUACACCACCGUGACCACCUAUCCGUUCAUCGUGACGAUUGUAUACUGGGGCAUUCUCUUCAAGGGACCGUGGUACACCGACGUGUUCGAGGCUUGGAGCAACAUCUCCCAGCACGCUCUGAACUUGGCGUUCUCCCUCUUUGAGAUCAUUAUCCCGCGCACCAGCGCCGCCCAGCUUGAAUGGGUACACAUGCUCUGGCUAAUCAUUGUGCUCGCCCUGUACCUCUCCCUCGCCUACCUGUCGCAUUACAUCUACUUGAAGGACCACAACGAGUACUUUUAUCCCUACGGCUUCCUCGACAUCGCCAAGAACGGCAGCGGUAAGACGGCGGCGUAUAUCGUCGGUAUCGCCGUGGCCGGCAUCGUCUUCUACCUUGUCGUCAAGGGCCUCAUCUGGCUGAGGGAGUGGGUGACGGAGCGCAAGCUGGGAAUGGACGGCAAAUUUGCCCAGCAGCGUUACCAUAACUACGACGCGGAACUGGGAACCAUCAACAGCAAGCACUAG